AUGUACGUUAAACUAAGUGCGUCUCUCCCAUCUCCCAUCUCCCAUCUCCCAUCUCCCAUCUCCCAUCUCCCAUCUCCCAUCUCCCAUCUCCCAUCUCCCAUCUCCCAUCUCCCAUCUCCCAUCUCCCAUCUCCCAUCUCCCAUCUCCCAUCUCCCAUCUCCCAUCUCCCAUCUCCCAUCUCCCAUCUCCCAUCUCCCAUCUCCCAUCUCCCAUCUCCCAUCUCCCAUCUCCCAUCUCCCAUCUCCCAUCUCCCAUCUCCCAUCUCCCAUCUCCCAUCUCCCAUCUCCCAUCUCCCAUCUCCCUUAUAUCGAUCGCCGACACUUUAUGCUUAGAAGAGUCAUGCACAACGACAGACUGGACUCAGCUUCAUCAUCAGAUCGCGGUUUACACCAUCAGUUUUGCCUUGGUAAAGAGGACCAAAACUUAGCUUGGAAUGAAGGGAUCGGCGAUGUCCAUGAUGCAGUGACAGGUCUAGGCCGUCUUGCUGACGUCUUAUUCGUUGGAUUUGCAAUAUGGCCCGAACCGAACCUUUCUCAGCCUUCGACACCAUCCAACAUUGAUGUUGAAGUCAUCUGCAUUCCUACCGUCACUAAACUCAAGGAUAUCGUGCAGCGCAAAUUAGGUGUUCCCCAUCUUCUACAGUUCCAGCGCAAGCUGCAUCAACUCCAGCCUGGACCAGGCUAUGUAGUAGAUCCAGAGACGCAGCAGGCUGUCACUCGUAACAUGAAUUCUACCACUACAGCCCAUCGCUCUGGUUCAUCUCAGCUGAAUGUUCUGCCAACGAGCGCCACCACCCCACAUCGUACAACAUCAACAAGCUUGGCAACUCCACUUCGCACAACUCCUGCACAUCACAUCACUCACACCUCUACUAGUGCGAGCCUCACCUCGCAUCGCUCAACUCCAGCCUCGGCAAGUCCAGCUCCUAGCAACGCAUCACCUCAGUCACAUCUCUCACCCACAAGUCCAUCGCAACCAACUGAAGUGCGAAUACAUGCACGCUCAUCCAAUAAUCGCCAGAAUCUGUCAUCAUCCCCUCUUGCGCGCUUCAAUGAAACACGACGCUAUGCAGACAUUCCUGCUGAGAUUGCUGCCAUUCGAGAUGAACGUAGUGGUCAUUUCGUUGCGCUGAGAGCAGUAUCUACAAGUUCCUUCCAAGAGCAACGUUUACGAGAGCCAGCACAUGAGCAGCAUUUACGAGAGCCAGCCUGGAUCAGGACGCCACGUGGACCACCACCAAGAAAUGAUCUGCCACUUAGCCCUCCACCAGCCUAUCACACCCAUAUCACUACGUCCACCUUCAACUUUUCUCCUGCAGUUCAUGCUUACCUUCGAGACAUUGAAGCCACACCAGAAGUCAUGUCGAGGAUUGACGCCAGCCUCGACUACUCUGUCGACGACUGGGAAACUUGUUUUGUGGGUGCUGGACUUUCAGUGUCACAAGCACGUAACCUCUGUCGGGUAAUUGUUCAUUCACUUCCGGAGCAGCACAUAAGCGUCCUUGAUAUAGCACAGCAAUCUGAUCACACCCGGAGGUGA